UGGCCAGUACGCUGACACCCAAACCUUCCUCGUCGGUGCGGAAGCGACACCAUUACUGCUGCACUAUCUAGUGUUGCAGAGACGCUGGCCCAAGUUUCUCCAAACAAAUGGCUUUCGAUACUCGGCUGAUGGCCGCCGAUCGUACGAUCUGACCAAGCAGGAUCACAAGACCUUCGAAGUGCUAGCGACUUGGAUUUACACCGGACGGAUACCAGCAUCACCAAAUGCCGAAGCAGACAUUGCUAGCCAGCGUUUGGUGAAGGGAGUCAGGCUGAGCUCGGAGAAUCCAUGGCAUGAUAAAGAGAAUAUAUACCCGAAUUGGAGGGACGAAGACUUGGUAGACCUGUGGUUGCUUGCAUGCGAGCUUGACAUUCCUGAGCUCGCGGAUGCAGCGAUUUCAAGUCUCUUCGAGCAGAACGUGUGGUUCCAGCAUACCACCUCCCUCGAAGCUGUCAAUAAAGCUUUCGCGAACGUGCAGAACGUGACCAAGCCGACGUUGCUGCAGAAGUAUCUUAUCGACGAAGCAGUCUACUAUCUUGGCGAUAAGCAUGUUCCACGGAAGACGGACC